AUGAAGAUUUUAUUUUUUUUAUCUUUGUUAAUGUAUUUAAUUGGAAUAAUUAUAUUUUGCAUUAAGCGUAAUAAUUUGUUGUUAAUGCUUAUUAGAUUAGAAUUUAUUAUAUUAUCUUUAUAUUUUUUAAUAUUUUUAUAUUUAAAGGUUAUAUUAUAUAGAUAUUUUUUUUCUAUAUUAUUUCUCAGUUUUAGAGUUUGUGAAGGUGCCUUGGGUCUUUCUAUUCUUGUUUCUAUAAUUCGAUUAGUAGGAAAUGACUAUAUUAUAUUAUUUUCAAUAUUAUGAUAA